CGGAACAUAAGGCAGCACCUGCAAAACAGUAUACAAGCAAAUCUGGUUUCUCGUAGUACUCGGAUUGUUUUUGCAAUACAUUUAUCUAUACGCUCGGUUAAAUUGUUAUACAUGAAGUGAAUAUGCAUGCGUUUUUGUUAUUUAUAAGCUUCGCUUUUGUUUGCGAUAUCGUUUUAGCGGUGCCAACUACUUCAGGCACGAUAACCGAAAAACAACUACGGCAGUUCCAAAGUUAUCCAUUUUUUAAACCAUCAGCUAGUGUGCUGUUGCCUCGUCAAAAUGUUUUCGGUCUAUCGAACAUUAAUAGCGCCUUCAAGUUAUUUUCACCAUUAAUCAGCGCUGCUCCGAGACCUAAUUCAGAAAAUCCUGAUAUGCUAAUAAGGACCUUUAGCAGCUGUGAAAGUCGGGGUGGCCACUUGGGUAACUGCGUUCCCUCGGCGGUUUGCAACGCAUACGGCGGACGUCCAAGUGGUUCUUGUGGAGCUUUAGCUGUGUGUUGUGUUCUUUUUGUUUCGAAAUGUGGAGAGAAGAUUACGUUGAACAACACUUAUUGGCGAAAUGCCCCUGCCGUUAGUUCGGAUACUACAUGUAGCCUAACCGUUGUGUUGGACAACAACCUUGUUGAGCAAAGAAGACGACGUUCUUGUCAAGUUCGCUUGGAUUUCAAAAGCUUCUCUAUCGCUCAACCCAAUGCGGCAACGGGACAAUGUGAUUCUGAUUAUUUUCAAGUCGGAGGUGCAGUAAACAAAGUGCCUGUUAUUUGUGGCGAUAAUGAAGACCAACACAUGUAUUUGGAAGCACCAUCAUCGACUACUGAGUUUAUGAUGUUGCUAAAAUUUGGCGUUUCGACUGUAAUUCGCAAAUGGGACAUUCGGAUUUCGUUGAUUCCAUGUGGCUCCGAUGUUCUUGCCCCAAGAGACUGCCUUCAGUACUUCACAAAACUUACUGGAAUCGGCACAGUUAAGUCUUUUAAUUGGAAGGAUGCAGCCGGUAUGCGCCAAUUAGCUGAAAUGGAUUACAAAAUAUGUUUCCGAAAUGAACUCAUUAACAAACAGGUAUAUUGCCGUUUAGACGAAAAAUCACAAAAAGCAAUUAGAAUUUGCUACACUCAGUGUGACACACAAACCGAUGGUCGAAGCUUUCAUCUUAGUGGUCUGGCAGACACAUACUUUUCUAGCAAUGGUGCCAUUAAUUGUCCUUCCGAUUUCCUUCUUAUCCCAAAUGGAUUUAAUCCUCAAUUUCCUACCGACGUCUCUGAUCGAUACUGUGGAGGCGCUCUAAAUCCUGCUGUUGCUGAGGGGCCACCUGUUACAGUCUGCUCCACCACAAAGGAUUUCAAUAUAAUAUAUCACACAAAUGACGUCGAAGGUGUUGCUGCGGUUGAAGAAAGAAAUUCAGGAUUUUGCCUUAAUUAUGAACAAAGAAUAGCUUGAAAGUUUUUAAUCAAAUAAUUUAUUAUUUAUACCGAAUUACCGAUAUCCAUUUUUCAUUUUCAUGGGGUACACCGAUAUUUGAAUUACUUUAAAAUUGUCAUUUGGCUGUCAACCCUGUCGUUUGUAAUUUAAGGUAUGACUGAAUAUGGCGUUGCCUUUGAUCUUGUUACUAAACUAUUUAGAAGAAAUUAUCGGAACAAUUAUUUUAAUAAAGGAUGUUAUUUUUCUUAUCUGGUAAUGAAAUUUUAUGUUUCGCUUUCGAUUGGCCUCAUUUCUCAAGAUCGCUCAAGAUAAACUAAAAAUAGAAAACUGCGAAUUGUU